UGUCAAUCAUGACGUUACCCUCACUUCGAUUACAACUACCUAGAUCACUCCACAUUAGUCCAGUCGGUGGCGGCAAUGCGCCUCGAAGGUGGUUUACCAACCGCCAAUAAACACCAAAGAAGAAGCGAAGUGACGGCGUAAUGACACCGGUGUUACAGGUUUACCUCUCAGACUGAACAUGAUGAAUAGUUUGGAGGAAGAGGAGGACAGAGCAGAGUCUCCAGGAUCCAGCUGUCUGUCUAUGAAGAGUGAUCGGUCCAAACCUGAACCUCCAGACUUCAGUAAUGGACCUGGACCCUCAGACAGAAACAGUGACUGGAGACAGUCUCUACAAGAGAGGAAGAGGAGUCAUGUUCCUGUGGAGGAGCAGCUGUCCUGCUGUGAUCUGUGUCAGGACGUCCUGAAGGAUCCAGUCUCUACCAGCUGUGGACACUGGUUCUGCAGACAGUGCAUCACCUCAUACUGGGACCAGUCUGGUCCAUCAGGAGACUCCUCCUGUCCCCAGUGUGGACAAAGACCCAGACCAGGACCUGGACUGCAGACAGCAGAUAGUGGUCUGCAGGAGGUUUUAGAUGAACAUAAGAUCAGUCUGAGGAGGAGAUGUGAACGUGUGACUGAAGGAACUGAUGGAACAGGAAGUAGAACCCUCCUCAACAGGAUCUACACUGAGCUCUACAUCACAGAGGGACAGAGUGAAGAGGUUAAUACCCAACAUGAGGUGAGGCAGCUGGAGACAGCUUCCAAGAAGAAGACCCUCAGUGACACUCCAAUCAGGUGCCAGGACGUCUUUAAAGCCUUACCUGAGCAACAGAGACCCAUCAGAGUGGUUCUGACCAACGGCGUCGCUGGUGUUGGAAAAACCUUCUCAGUGCAGAAGUUGACUCUGGACUGGGCAGAGGGCUUGGAAAACCAAGAUGUCAGUCUGCUGGUUCUGCUUUCGUUCAGGGAGCUGAACCUGAUCAGAGAUGAGCAGUACAGUCUUCUCACGCUGCUCCAUGUUUUCCAUCCAACAUUACAGAAGGUCACAGCAGAGAAGCUGGCUGUCUGUAAAGUUCUGUUCAUCUUUGACGGCCUGGAUGAAAGCAGACUUUCACUGGAUUUCAACAACAGGAAGGUUGUGUCUGACGUCACACAGAAGUCAUCAGUCAACGAGCUGCUGACAAACCUCAUCCAGGGGAAUCUGCUUCCCUCGGCUCUGGUCUGGAUAACUUCCAGACCUGCAGCGGCCAAUCAGAUCCCUCCUUCAUGUGUUGACAGGGUAACAGAAGUACGAGGCUUCACUGACCCACAGAAGGAGGAGUACUUCAGGAGGAGAUCCAGUGAUGAAGAGCUGUCCAACAGAACCAUCUCACACAUCAAGACCUGCAGGAGCCUCCACAUCAUGUGUCAAAUCCCAGUCUUCUGCUGGAUCACUGCUACAGUUCUGGAGCACAUGUUGACUACAGAGCAGAGAGGAGAGCUGCCCAAGACCCUGACUGACCUGUACUCACACUUCCUGCUGGUUCAGACAAAGAGGAAGAAGAACAAGUACGAUGAGGGACAUGAGACGAGUCCACAGGAGCUGACGGAGGCUGACAGGGAAGUUCUUCUGAAGCUGGGGAGGCUGGCGUUUGAACAUCUGCAGAAAGGAAACAUCAUGUUCUACCAAGAAGACCUGGAGCAGUGUGGUCUUGAUGUGACAGAGGCCUUGGUGUACUCAGGAGUUUGUACAGAGAUCUUCAAAAGAGAGAGUGUGAUCUUCCAGAAAACAGUCUACUGCUUUGUUCAUCUGAGCGUUCAGGAGUUUCUGGCUGCAGUCUACAUGUUCCACUGUUUCACCAACAGGAAGACACAGGUACUGGAGAAGUUCCUGGGAAAGGACUUUAAACAGAGAAACUCAGACCAAGAGUCUUGGCUCAAGGGGAUGUCUAAGAUUUUUGGAAAGAGUGAUCGCCGUGACUCAUCUCUGGAAGACUUCCUGAGGAGAGCCAUGGAGAAAUCCCUUCAAAGUAAAAAUGGCCACCUGGACCUGUUUGUUCGCUUCCUUCAUGGCCUCUCUCUGGAGUCCAACCAGAGACUCUUAGGAGGUCUGCUGGGUCAGACAGACAACAGUCCAGAAAUCAUCCAGAGAGUCAUCAACAACCUGAAGGAGAUGAACAGAGAUAAAAUCUCUCCUGACAGAAGCAUCAACAUCUUCCACUGUCUGAUGGAGAUGAACGACCACUCAGUUCAUCAGGAGAUCCAAGAGUUCCUGAAGUCAGAGAACAGAUCAGAACAGAGACUCUCUGAGAUCCAGUGCUCAGCUCUGGCCUACAUGCUGCAGAUGUCAGAGGAGGUUCUGGAUGAGUUGGACCCAAAGACGUACAACACAUCAGAGGAGGGACGACGGAGACUGAUCCCAGCUGUGAGGAACUGCAGGAAGGCUCGACUUGGUGGUUGUGGACUCUCAGAGACUGACUGUGAAGUCGUGGCCUCAGCUCUGAAGUCCAACCCCUCCCAUCUGAGAGAACUGGACCUGAGGGACAACAACCUGAAGGAUUCAGGAGUGAAGCUGGUUUCUGCUGGACUGGAGAGUCCAAACUGUAGACUGGAGACUCUGAGGUUGGAGUCCUGCAGUUUGUCAGAGAUCAGCUGUUCUUCUCUGGUCUCAGCUCUGAAGUCCAACCCCUCCCAUCUGAGAGAAUUACGGCUGAGUGAAAACAACCUGUAUGAUGCAGGAGUGAAGGAUCUGUGUGGUUUUCUGCAGAGUCCAGACUGUAGACUGGAGACUCUGAGGUUGAAGUCCUGCAGUUUGUCAGAGAUCAGCUGUUCUUCUCUGGUCUCAGCUCUGAAGUCCAACCCCUCCCAUCUGAGAGAACUGGACCUGAGUGACAACAAGAGGCUGCAGGAUUCAGGAGUGAAGGAUCUGUGUGGUUUUCUGCAGAGUCCAGACUGUAGACUGGAGACUCUGAGGUUGAAGUCCUGCAGUUUGUCAAAGAUCAGCUGUUCUUCUCUGGUCUCAGCUCUGAAGUCCAACCCCUCCCAUCUGAGAGAACUGGACCUGAGUGACAACAAGAGGCUGCAGGAUUCAGGAGUGAAGGAUCUGUGUGGUUUUCUGCAGAGUCCAGACUGUAGACUGGAGACUCUGAGGUUGAAGUCCUGCAGUUUGUCAGAGAUCAGCUGUUCUUCUCUGGUCUCAGCUCUGAAGUCCAACCCCUCCCAUCUGAGAGAACUGGACCUGAGUGACAACAAGAGGCUGCAGGAUUCAGGAGUGAAGGAUCUGUGUGGUUUUCUGCAGAGUCCAGACUGUAGACUGGAGACUCUGAGGUUGGAGUCCUGCAGUUUGUCAAAGAUCAGCUGUUCUUCUCUGGUCUCAGCUCUGAAGUCCAACCCCUCCCAUCUGAGAGAACUGGACCUGAGUGACAACAAGAGGCUGCAGGAUUCAGGAGUGAAGGAUCUGUGUGGUUUUCUGCAGAGUCCAGACUGUAGACUGGAGACUCUGAGGUUGAAGUCCUGCAGUUUGUCAGAGAUCAGCUGUUCUUCUCUGGUCUCAGCUCUGAAGUCCAACCCCUCCCAUCUGAGAGAAUUACGGCUGAGUGAAAACAACCUGUAUGAUGCAGGAGUGAAGGAUCUGUGUGGUUUUCUGCAGAGUCCAGACUGUAGACUGGAGACUCUGAGGUUGAAGUCCUGCAGUUUGUCAGAGAUCAGCUGUUCUUCUCUGGUCUCAGCUCUGAAGUCCAACCCCUCCCAUCUGAGAGACCUGGAUCUGAGUAACAACAAGAGGCUGCAGGAUUCAGCAGUGAAGGAUCUGUGUGGUUUUCUGCAGAGUCCAGACUGUAGACUGGAGACUCUGAGGUUGGAGUCCUGCAGUUUGUCAAAGAUCAGCUGUUCUUCUCUGGUCUCAGCUCUGAAGUCCAACCCCUCCCAUCUGAGAGACCUGGACCUGAGGGGAAACAGCCUGCAGGAUUCAGGAGUGAAGGAUCUGUGUGGUUUUCUGCAGAGUCCAGACUGUAGACUGGAGACUCUGAGGUUGGAGUCCUGCAGGUUGUCAGAGAUCAGCUGUUCUUCUCUGGUCUCAGCUCUGAAGUCCAACCCCUCCCAUCUGAGAGAACUGGACCUGAGCUGGAACAUUAACCUGCAGGAUUCAGCAGUGAAGGAUCUGUGUGGUUUUCUGCAGAGUCCAGACUGUAGACUGGAGACUCUGAGGUUGGAGUCCUGCAGUUUGUCAGAGAUCAGCUGUUCUUCUCUGGUCUCAGCUCUGAAGUCCAACCCCUCCCAUCUGAGAGACCUGGACCUGAGCUACAACAAGCUGCAGGAUUCAGCAGUGAAGGAUCUGUGUGGUUUUCUGCAGAGUCCAGACUGUAGACUGGAGACUCUGAGGUUGAAGAACUGCAGUUUGUCAGUGAUCAGCUGUUCUUCUCUGGUCUCAGCUCUGAAGUCCAACCCCUCCCAUCUGAGAGACCUGGACCUGAGUCACAACAACAACCUGUAUGAUUCAGCAGUGAAGGAUCUGUGUGGUUUUCUGCAGAGUCCAGACUGUAGACUGGAGACUCUGAGGUUGAAGUCCUGCAGUUUGUCAGAGAUCAGCUGUUCUUCUCUGGGCUCAGCUCUGAAGUCCAACCCCUCCCAUCUGAGAGACCUGGACCUGAGGGGAAACAGCCUGCAGGAUUCAGGAGUGAAGGAUCUGUGUGGUUUUCUGCAGAGUCCAGACUGUAGACUGGAGACUCUGAGGUUGGAGUCCUGCUGGUUGUCAGAGAUCAGCUGUUCUUCUCUGGUCUCAGCUCUGAAGUCCAACCCCUCCCAUCUGAGAGAACUGGACCUGAGUAACAACAAGCUGCAGGAUUCAGGAGUGAAGUAUCUGUGUGGUUUUCUGCAGAGUCCAGACUGUAGACUGGAGACUCUGAGGUUGAUGAACUGCAGUUUGUCAGAGAUCAGCUGUUCUUCUCUGGUCUCAGCUCUGAAGUCCAACCCCUCCCAUCUGAGAGACCUGGACCUGAGGGGAAACAGCCUGUAUGAUUCAGCAGUGAAGGAUCUGUGUGGUUUUCUGCAGAGUCCAGACUGUAGACUGGAGACUCUGAGGUUGAAGUCCUGCUGGUUGUCAGAGAUCAGCUGUUCUUCUCUGGUCUCAGCUCUGAAGUCCAACCCCUCCCAUCUGAGAGAACUGGACCUGAGUAACAACAAGCUGCAGGAUUCAGGAGUGAAGGAUCUGUGUGGUUUUCUGCAGAGUCCAGACUGUAGACUGGAGACUCUGAGGUUGAGGAACUGCAGUUUGUCAGAGAUCAGCUGUUCUUCUCUGGUCUCAGCUCUGAAGUCCAACCCCUCCCAUCUGAGAGACCUGGACCUGAGCUGGAACAACCUGCAGGAUUCAGCAGUGAAGCCUCUCCAUGAUCUUGUGAAGGACCCAGACUACAGACUGGAGACUGUGGGGUGGUGGUGGUGGUGAUGAGCUGAGUCCUGAUGAUCCAGAUGUUGAAGCAGCAGCAGCAGCAGCUUGUGUGUAGAGAGGCUCUGACUGGACCAUGUUACUGGGAGGUAGAGUGGAGAGGAGAGCUUCAUCCAGCAGUGACUGACAGAGGAAUCAGAAGAAGCAGUCUGAACUGAUCUGAGAACAGCUCCACUGUCAGACAGAGUCCAGUCCACCAUCAUCCCUGUGUGUUCCUCUGGAUCUGACAGAGCAGCAUCAGUGUGUCUGGAUGUUGAGUCACAGAAAUCAGCUGAUUCUCUGUUUGACUGAGCUUCACACAGAGACCAGAUCCCUCUGAAAGGACUUGAACUCAGUUGAACUCAGACUGUUGUAGUUCAUCAAGUGUCAGGAUUUAAUGAAUCAUUAAUUAACUGCAUGUUAAAUCACUUUAUGAGAAAUGUGCCUUCACUCUGACUGCUCUUCAGUUCUGCUGUUUUAUAGCAGAAUAAUAAUUCAGUGUAAAUUCAGAUGGAGAUUUAUUUGUUAACUAAAAACGCUCAGUGAAGCUGUCAGUCAUGUUUCAGGUUGUUUCUGGUUGGAUGGAGCCGUAACAACCUCCACCAAUCAGAGGCUGAGUGCAGCCUGACAGGUAAAACCCAGGACUGGAUAAACCCACCGAGCUGUGGCUGCUGCUUGUAAAGGCUGUUGCUGCAGAUGUACGGUAGUAAAGAGAAAUGCAGGUGUAUCAGAGGACACUGCUAAAAGGUUUUGGUGAGGAAAUGACAGAGUCAUUUAAAUGCUCUGCAGCUCUGUUCCUCUGUCAUCAGCACUGAGCUGCUUUGUUCAUUGACAUUAGACGUCAGAUUUGAUUUGAUUUCAGAAACACUUUAAUCUUAACCUUCAGAAAGUGGAUCAUAUCAGCCCAGUUCUCAGGUCUUCACACUGACUUCCUGUCUGUCAGAACUCAUUUAAAUGUCCUGCUGUUGGUUUAUAAGACACUGAAGUUUAGGACCAACAUACUAAACCUGGACCAGCAGCAUUCAGUUUUUAUCUCUACAUGUGGAACAGACUCCCAGAGAACUGCAGGUCUGCUGAAACAUGAAAACCAGUGCUGAAGACCUCUGUUCACCACUGAGUUUAUUAUUGAUGAAAAUCACUUAUUUCCUGCUCUG